AUGUAGUCGUGGGGCUUGAGUAGGAGGGAGCUCAACACUGACACUUGGGGCGGGACUGAGAGCGGGAGGCUACUGCUAGGUGUCAGUGGUGCUUCCCUGAGCUCUGCUGAAUACCUCUUCAGCCCCAGUGCUCUCCCAGCACCUGGUAGAGAUGGAGAAACCAGACCCUAGAGGUCACCCGAGAGGGUAGUGGUCUCCAAGGUGACGUGCUGAAGUGGGGACAGAGUCUGCAGCUGCCAACCGCCUGGAAUGCUGAUUCAACAACCAAAUGCCACUAAUCUGAUUUUGACGAUCUGCAGGAAAAGCCUGCUGUCCCGGGGCAGACACCUGAGCUGGUCUUUGUGGAGAAACAAGCUCUUUUCAGAGACAACGUAUCUGAUUCAUUGACAAGACCACAAUCUGAUCCCAAAGAUGUGCUCCACAAACCCCGGCAACUGGGUCACAUUUGAUGAUGACCCCACUUUUCAGUCUUCUCAAAAGUCAAAGAAUUUCCCUCUGGAGAAUCAAGGCAUCUGUAGGCCGAAUGGACUUAAGCUGAACCUUUCUGGUCCUAAGGAAUUUCCUAGUGGAUCUUCCUCCACCAACAGUACCCCUCUUUCCUCUCCCAUCACAGACUUCUACUUCAGUCCAGGACCUCCAAGUAACUCUCCUCUUUCUACACCUACCAAAGACUUCCCAGGUAUUCCUGGCAUUCCCAAAGCAGGGACUCACGUGCUUUAUCCAAUUCCGGAGUCAUCUUCAAACAGUCCGCUUAUACCAGGAGCAGGUUCUUCCUUAUUGCCCACAAAACCAGCCUGUUUAUCCCAUGCUUCCUUGCCCAGUGACCACUCAUGUAUACAUCCAGCUCCCAAAGUAGGUCUUCCAGAUGAAAUGAGCCCUCACCAGGCUGAAAGCCUAGGGUUCCAAAGUGAUACUCCCAAGUUUCAGUAUUUUCGGGAGGACUGUGCCUUUUCAAGUCCAUUUUGGAAAGAUGAAGGCAGUGCUUCCCAGCUCACCUUUGACCCUCCAGGAAGCAGAAAGAUGUUCCCAUCAAGAGACAAAGAGAUGCCUAUUGAUCAAAAAAGCUUAAAUCAGUGUUCACUCAGCUACAUCUGUGAGAAACUUGAACAUCUCCAGUCAACUGAGAACCAAGACUUACUUGGAAAUUUGUCUCUGCAGUGUCUGUACCCUGAAGACACCGCCUCUUCCUUUGUCCCCCAUAUGCUCUUCAGGAGUCAGCCAAAGCCUGGAUGGUCUUUCAUGUUGAGAAUCCCUGAGAAGAAGAACAUGAUGUCUUCCCGUCAGUGGGGGCCAAUUUUUCUAAAAGUGUUACCUGGAGGAAUUUUGCAAAUGUAUUAUGAGAAAGGAUUAGAAAAACCAUUUAAGGAGUUACAGCUUGAUCCAUACUGCAGGCUUUCUGAACCCAAAGUUGAGAACUUCAGUGUGACAGGAAAGAUCCAUACUGUGAAGAUUGAACAUGUGUCUUACACAGAAAGAAGGAAAUACCAUUCUAAGACAGAAGUAGUUCACGAACCAGACGUAGAACAGAUGCUGAAGUUGGGGUCCACCGAGUACCAUGACUUCCUCGAUUUUCUGACUACUGUGGAGGAGGAACUGAUGAAACUGCCAGCUGUUUCAAAACCAAAGAAGAACUAUGAGGAGCAAGAAAUUUGCCUGGAAAUUGUGGACAACUUUUGGGGUAAAAUCACUAAAGAAGGAGGAAAAUUGGUGGAAAGUGCGGUGAUCACUCAGAUCUGUUGCCUCUGCUUUGUGAAUGGGAAUGCAGAAUGCUUUUUAACCUUGAAUGACCUGGAGCUGCAGAAGCGAAAUGAACGCUAUUUUGAAAAAGACCCAGAAAAGAAGGGGAUUGAUAUUCUUGACUAUCAUUUUCAUAAGUGUGUGAAAGCACAAGAAUUUGAGCAAUCAAGAAUCAUUAAGUUUGUACCUCUGGAUGCCUGCCGGUUUGAGCUGAUGCGUUUCAAGACUUUGUACAACGGGGAAGAUCUUCCCUUUUCCCUAAAGUCUGGUGUGGUUGUCCAGGGGGCGUAUGUGGAGCUUCAGGCGUUUGUCAACAUGACCCCAUCCCGUGCCAGCUCCUUGAGGUCCUGUGACAACAUAAUGAUACACUUUCCUGUUCCGUCACAGUGGAUCAAGGCUCUCUGGACCAUGAACCUCCAGAGGCAGAAGUCCCUGAAAGCCAAAAUGAACCGCCGGGCAUGUCUGGGGAAUUUACAUGAACCGGAAUCUGAACCCAUCAUACAGGUCACUGUGGGAUCAGCAAAAUAUGAGAGUGCCUACCGGGCCGUGGUAUGGAAGAUAGACCGGCUUCCUGAUAAAAAUUCAAGUCCUGAUCAUCCCCACUGUUUGUCAUACAAACUAGAACUUGGAUCAGACCAAGAAAUUCCCUCUGAUUGGUACCCAUUUGCUACUGUUCAGUUUGGGGUCCUCGACACCUGUGCCUCCCAGACAGAGGUCCGGUCUCUGGGGGUGGAAAGUGAUGUCCAGCCACAGAAACACAUUCAUCAGCGAGCUUGCUACAACGUCCAGGUUGAAAUAGAAAAGAAGUGGAUAAAAAUCGAUGGAGAAGACCCAGAUAAAGCUGGUGACUGCGUAACUCAGUAGGAGUAGCAAGAGUCUGUGAUGACGAUCCACUUUGCAAAUAUGUAAUUCACAGAAACCAUAUAGUUCUGCUACUGUAUGGGAAAUAACCGGCCCAAUGGCCAUGUUGAGAAAAGUUUAGACCUGACACCAGACCAUCUGUACUUUAUGCUUUUGAUACGUGUUUUUGCUCCAGGGGUUUCGUUGAAAAUGUGUCUAUAAUUUUCAUGAUGUUUUUGUUUCCUAGUGAAAUUCAAAGGCACUGUUAUUCAGGGUGUGACCUGACAGCCACUUGGCUAAAGCAUUUUUGAUAUUUGAUUGCCCAGUGGCUCAUUGUUUUGUACUCUGGGUUACCUGGGUGCCAUGUUUAUUAUCCUCCCGUCCCUAUCUCUCCUUGUUAAGUCAGCACAUGAACUGGAGGAGGAGGCAAUCAAAGGAGACAGGAACCAAAAUACUUCAUUCUCCCUCUUGCUCUGCUCUGAAAUGUGGCCAGUUGUAGAAUGAUGUUGAAACCCACAGGCUUACAUGGAGAUGUGGAACUAUCUCUGAUUCUGAAUGAUUUAUCUUCCUAUUACCUAUUACCACACUGGUGAGUAUUUGGUACCUGUCUUUCCCCCAGUCUGUUAUUAUUUUCAAAGUGUAUUUGUAUUCUGGUGUGUGCUACAAAGAAGCUGUUUCUGUUCAUAUACACAUUUUAGUACAAGCCACUAAGACAUACUGCCUUUUGCUUGGAGAGAGUCCUUUCGAAAUGGAAUCCCAGUAUUGGACACUAGUUAAAAUAUUUAUGUAUGUUAAGAAUGAAUUUUUAAAGUUCAUGAAUAUUGUUUCCCCAAAGUACAGACUCUAAGAAUGUAUUUUGAUAAAGUAUUAUUUGUAAUUAACACAAGCCACUCUUGAGUGGAAGUCUAAAUCAUAUUAUGAUUAUUUUAUGCUAGUUCUGCUAUCAUGCUAUUUAUACUAAUUCAGCUUAGAGUAAUUUUCUUUGAAAGAUGAGCAAAGUGAAAGACACUAGAUUAUUUUACCUAGAUUUCUAAGAAAUGACAUUUCUUUUCUUCAAAGUCAGGUAAAUGUUUUUUAAUGAAAACCUGUGGCGUUAGCAGUUGUAAUUCUGUUUAUAAUUUCCUUUCAGUAUUUACAGUGAAAGAUCAGACUUUUAAAUUUAUGAAAUCUAUAUUCUAGGUAGUUUUUUAGUUGGAAAGACAUGUGGAAAAAACAUGUAUUAAUACACCUUCAAUUUAUGUUGAUCCUUAGAUAUGAUUAGGAGAUAUUUUUCUCUAUUUACUAGAUUUGUUUUGAGUCAAAACUGAUAGAAUAGUGUUCUUCCAAACAACAUUAUUUGUUGGCCCCACAGAGGCUGCCUCAUCCAUUUUACUUAAUAUUACAUUACUUUCACUUUAAUCUGUUCAAAAUGCAGGUUAAAACAAACUUUCAUAAUGAUCUGUAUCAAUCAGAUUUUAUUGCUUUUCAUUAUUUUACUGUGGAGGCAAAGAAUGCAAAAGUUGACUGUUGAAUUGGUAUUGCUCUUUUUAACUUCACAUAAUGUAUUGCUCAUAAUAUCAUAUCCUUAAGACUCACUGUUGACGUAUAGAAGGGCAAAUCUGUGUAUCAUUUUUAAAAAAAAGUUCUGCCAUCCUGUCUCCUCAUCUGGUGUGCCACAUUCUGGAGUGACGUUAGUCUGCUCUGAACAAAUCCGGAGGCAGCUGAACCUGAUACCGCUCCUUCCUCCUGGGACGUUUGUUGGGUUAAUUACCACCAUUCCUUUCAAAACUGUGUUACAGCAUCCUGCCCAUAAAGAACUCAGUCUGAUUCGGAUGAACUUAAUAUUUACAGUGCAAAGUAAUUCCAGCAUAGGGUUCAACGAAUCGCCCCUCAGGCUUCAGGGGGUUGCCAGAAUGUGCGGGUCCCUCACUGCUGGGGUCAUUAAUUCAUCAGCCCUCCAGCCUACAAGGGCAUCUCAAGAUUCAGUGCUGGAAAUUUAACGAAAGGCUGACUGAAGCCCAAGUUGAGUUCCUGCGCAGUGCAAAGGUUGAUAGCAAGAACAGCGGGGUGCUGCAGAGUAAUUGUUAAUUUGCACAUCUAUUAGGAUCCUUAAAUAUUCAUUACUGAGCAUUAAAUUAACAUUCUGUGUAGGUGGAGAGGCUUUUUAAUACAAUUCUUCUGACCUCAGAAAUGGCAGAAGGUCAAAUGUGACCACAGUGCUCUAAGUGAAAAAUUAGGUAGGAUCCACUUAGACUUACAAAUUAAGAAGUAGAAUCUCCUUUGCCAGGAAGUAAAUGAUGAUCUUCAAAACAAUAACAGCAAAACCUUCUGCUUUUAAGGCGGAGAAGAGAGGAAGGAGGUAAGUGAGGUAGGAAGUACUCCUUUCUAGCAUUUUAGUUUAGGUAAUGUAGAUCAGCGUUUUGUGAAUUUGACCUUUGGGGGUCAGUUGUUUGAUGGACACCAUGGCCGACUUCCAAGGAGUUGAUCAGUUUGGGAUGAGCUGUUCUACUCUAAUUGGUCUGGUCUGGUUGCCUUACCAGUCAAAGGACCAUAUUAAUUGUGUAAAUGAAUUCAUGGCUUGAUGGUUACCUGAUCAAUUGUACAGAUCUGAAUUUAAGGACAUUUCCUUUUUUUAUGGGAAUGGAAAUAGUUUAUUCAUUAAAAAAGUAUGAAAAAAAAAAACCUUUCCCAGCACGUAAAUAAAGGCUGGCAUUUUUGACCUGAUUUACAUAUUAGACAGUUCUAGGGUUUUAGUUCCCUCAGUUCUGGAUCAAUGUUAUGAUAUAGCCCUUUUUCUUAUAAAUUCAAUCAGAAGGCCUUCCUUAAUAAUGACUAAGUAUUAUUAUAUCUUACUCAAAAUAUGAUUUUAUGCCAUAUCAAUACAAAUAUAAAACAGAUUGAACCUUAAUAAUCAUGUAACAAAGUAUUUUGUAGAUUGCAUAUCGAUUUUUUAAAAUUAAAGAUGUAUUUCAAAUGAUUCUUGCUGUGCAGUGGACUUAUAUCUUCUUUGGCAAGGUCUGGGGCUAUUUUUUUUUUUUUAAGAUAUGAAAUCAAUUUCAAUAACCUUAAACAAUUGACUCUCUGUCAGGCAAAUGUAUACUGCUUCGCUAUUAAGGAGUCAGUGAACACCAUGUUCACUGGUCUUGGCAUAUCCUGGAAAAAUAAUACCAUCAAAGUACAAUUUGUGACAUUAAAGAAUGAUUUUUAGAAAGAGUAAAUCGUCAUUACUCUCAUAAAGAAACAAUAAGAGUAUGUGCCCAAGGUUUUACUUAACUCACUAACUAAUGAGAGAACUGGUAAGAUGUUACAGUGGUUCCAAGGAGAAUUCAGAAAGCAGUGAAUACAUAGGAAAUAAGGAACUCUGAAAUGAAUUUACAAAUAAAGGCAAAAUGGAUCUAUCCACGGGGCAAUGUCAAUAUUCAGUUUUCCCUACCCCCACACAAUUAAUUUGCAUUUGUAUGGACAAGGAUCAUUUGUGUUAUUAUCAGUUUUCUAAAACUUACAAAGUUGUAAAACAGCUCUAAGACAAUGGAAAAUGUCGAUAACCUGGAUUAAUGAACUAGUUAAGACACCUUACUAUUCGGUCUUCCCAAUAACAGGAAGAACUUUGUUCACAGGAGAAUUUUAAGGAAUUUUCGAACUUUGACAACUAGUAUUAGAGAAAUUAUGUGCAUUUAAAGCAUUUUUUUUAAGUUUAGAAAACAAUUUUUAUGCAAUUGUACAGAAUCUGUUUCAGAUAAGGGAUAUAUAUGUUGGGGGGGAGGGCAUUAAAGAUAUGAAGAUAAAUUAGCUCUAAUAAAAACCAACCUCACUCCUUUAUAUAAGGAAGCUGCUGUGUGUUGAAAUUCAAUUUUUAUCUAGCUAUUAAAGUUAAAUUUCAAAAUCAGGAAAUAAAACUUCAUAGAGGCCAGAUCGUUAAUAGCUGUUUUAGCCACUACUGAGAUGAACAGGGCUUGACUUUGCAGGAAUAACAAAAAGAUUAAGUGACAUAAACUGAUCAUAUUUGUAAUAGAAUUCCUCAAAUUCCAUCCAUCAUUUCUUUUCUGUUUUGUCUCAAUUCCACCUAGAUUCCCUGCCCCCUUUAUUUAGACACAUGCUGAUUCCACUACAUUUUGCCGGGUCUCUCCCAGCCCCUCCCUAUUAUCAGCAGCUCCUCCACUCCCAGGACCUUUGUGCUCUUGCCCAUGGUCCUAAAGGACAGGCUGGGUGUAUUUGAUUGAACUGUAUGAAACUAACAAUAGUUAACCAUUCCUGAUAGCAGUUUCAUGGGGCUUAACCUAAUCACCUGCAUAUUUCUCCAGUUUAUAUGAAACAAAAGAUUUUUCUUGUUAUAAUUAUGUUAAUAAGUUCCUGCUUAGAACUGGCAUCUAUAAUAUGAAUUUGUCAAUUUUAAAGCAAGACAGAAUUGCUAAUCAGAACACAAAUAGUUGAGUUACAAAAAGUACCUUAGAUAAAAGCUCCAGGUGAUAUUAUGCCUUAAAAUCAUGUUCCGUCUGUACGGAAAACGGAUUAGACGAGUUUCCCCAUGUUUCAAAGUUCAUUUCUAGGAGACUUCCUGGGCAAGAAAUGCAAAUCACUGCUACACUUCGGGGAUUGCAACCUUUGCCUCAUCUUCACCUCAUCUGUCCGCUCCAGAAAAGCUGUACAAACUCAGGUGGGAGGAUAGCAUAUUUAAAUAACAUGAUUGUGUGUGUUGACAUUUUCCUGAAAAGCCCAUUUUUAUUCUGUCAGGAAUUGCUCUGGAUUCCAUGUAAUACAAUUUGCGGUAUACUCUUGAAACAGAAGAGGGCGCUCGCAGGCAAGCUGCUGCUACCCAGAAUGAGAAACAGCAUUUGAAAUUUGGUGGUGCUUGUAUUAUGAUUAAUAAAAGAUCUUGGGGGCAUUUUGUAAAGCAUUUCAAAGCAUUGUGAAUCUAGUGGAGCAUAAUUAAAAUUAAUGCAAUAGACAAACAUUUUAAAGUAUUCUUAAUGCCUUGUCUAAAAAUGCUGUUGAAUAUAAUUUUACACAUCCCAAAGAUUUAAAUACCACACUUAGCUCUAAACAUUGCUAAGUACUGAAGAGACAGAACAAUAGCGCUUUUCUUCUCAACAGAUUUCAAACAAACUUUUUCUAAUGAGAACUAAUGAACUCUAAAUCUGCUUGCUUUAAAAGAUGUAUAAAAUAUUAUAAUGAAUCCAUCUUGUUUGGCUUCUGAGCUUUCAGAUGUAUGUAUCAAGGUCAAUGUGGUCUCUAAAAAGCUCCAGCCUAGGAUUGUACUUUCAAGUUCUUAGGUAAGAGCAAGCAAAAAUGUGCUUUCAGGAGAAUACUCCAUGCCACCUUGACUCAGGGACAAGCCUUCACCCUGUUUAGUCCUCUGAAAUUAGUAAUGAGCACUGUCUUUCCAAGAUGGGUUCUAUCUUUCAGAAAUCUUUCUGGGUGGAUGAUGUCGUUUUCUUACAAAACCUGUUAGAACAAUGUGUUUCCAAAAACCUUAGAGCAUGAGUAAAUCUACGAAUGUAGCUAAACACGUGAGAUGUUCCCAAAGGUGUCUUUCACACUCUGAAGUACAGAAGUGUAUAUAAGAUAUUGGGACCUUAAGCGGUCACUUUGAAUCACCUCAAAAUGCUAUUUCACCAUUGCUUCAACUAAUUGUCAUGCCAAUUCUAAUGUUUAUUGAGUGUCUACUAGGUGCCUACAUUUUUCUAGGCACUGGGGAUGAACAAGCACAAAAAUAGUAAAUUCCUAUUCCCAUAGAGAUAUGUGAUAGCGGGAGAAGUCAGACAAUUAACAAAUAUCAAGUUGUGAUGACUGCUAUGCAGGAAAAAAAAAAAGGCAACAGAGUGGUAGAGAAUACUCCUUUAGCUAUGUUCAUCAGGGAGGUCCUGUCUGAGGGGAUGACAUUCUACCUGAAAGAAGUGAGGAAGCAAUUCACCAGGAUCUUCCAGCGAGAAGUGUGUCCUGAAGAGGGAACGGCUAGUGCAAAGGCACUGCAGUCAAGGUGUGCUUAGCCUAUCAGAGGAACACCAACGAGUCAGGUGGCUACCAGCUGGCCCAAGCAGAGUGAACAAAGGAUGAUUAGGGGAGGGAUCAGAGAGAUUGUAGGUAGGUAAGGAAAGCAGAGCAGUAGGGCUCUGUGAGCUGUGGGGAGGACUCUGAUUUUAUUCUGAGUGAGAUGCAAACCACUAGAAGAUUUUGUGUGGAGGAGUGACAUGAACUGAAUUACACGUGAAGAUGAUUCCGUGGACAUAGAAGCGGGCAAUGACAGAAGUAGAGACAGAAAGUAGUUGGGAAGCUAUUGCAAUAACCCAGGUGAGAGAUGAUGGCGACUAGGAGUUGUGAUGGAGAUGAAAAAUAGUUGGACUUAGAACGUGUUUGAAAUGCAGAGCUGAUGGAGUAGAUUGGAUUUUCGGACUUAGAAUGUGUCUGAAAUGCAGAGCUGAUGGAUUAGGUUGGAUUCCCGGAGUGAGGGAAAGGAGGGUACCAGAAAUGACUCCCAGAUUUUUGGACUGAGCUGCUACAAGAUGGACUGCUGGAUUUAGUCACAUGGGAAACAUCAGUGAACCUGACAGACCACACAAGUGGGUGUGGAGACAGUGAAUAGAUGGCUUUUGGGGAGAGCUUUGCUGUGAGUAGGAAUAUUAGGACAGUAGUGGUGAGAAUGAAAUCUUUUUUCCACCUCUUCCACCGUUAAGACCUAAGUUUUGGUGUUGGUCUUUACUAGUGUCUCUUUUUCGUUAUUAUUAUUCUUUAACCUCACUGAUGUUGACUCUUUAAAAAUUUCCUUCUCUUUCUCAUCGUCGGCACUUAAAGAAAAUGAUUCCUUGUCGUCUUUCAGCACCAUGUUACCUGAAUCUCAUGUUGUGUCUGUCUUUGGCUGUGCCUGUUUCUUCAGAGUUUUCAUGAACUUUAUGCAUGGGGUUGAAGGUAUUGUAUGUAUACUUCAAAAUUGCUUCAAUCAUAUCUUGUAAAUAUUUUUUUUGGUUGAACUCCGCUGGUCAAUGUCAUUUCAUUUGGUAUGAAGAUCUAUUUUAGAUUUUAUUAUGAAAUUCAGAGUAAUUAUGAGCUUGUUGCUGGUUUCACAAUCUUGUGAACACCCACAAAUUCCUCCAAGUUCCUGCACGAUGAAAAAUACACCACUAUUUACUUAAUAGUUUUUAUAUUUACCUAACAGUUUGUACUUUGAUUUUUUUUGUUACAGUCUGUUAUAAUAAUAGUCUAUGUAAACAGUUGUCCAGUGACUAAUCAGUGAAUUUUAAUAAAAUUAAAAUAUUUUCAAAAA